UCGCUCGGAGCGCGCUAGCGUUCGGCGGAGUCUGUAAUAAACAAACUCCAGGAGAUCUCCAGGUAAAAAAGCGUAUACGUCCGACGUCCGACGUCCGACACUUCUCUCGCUGUAACUUACGAUUACGAUAGCGAAGUCGCGCUGUCAACGACAGUUGUGAGUCGAACGGUAUCGAAGGCGAGUGAGGAUUGUGCGUGCACUGUGAGAGCAACCAUCGAGCAAAGCCGCCAAAGCCGCUGAGAUGGGCAGCACGGACAAGGCCGUGAUCACGGGGUUCAUAUGCAGGCUCUGCAGUAAGAUGAACCGCUUCGUGAUCCAUAUAUAUGGGGAAGAGGGCGAGAGAAUGAAGCUCGCCGAGAAGAUAAACACCUAUUUGCCGAUCACGGUAAACAUGAAUGACCCGCUGCCAAAGACUGCAUGUUUACAUUGCAUUGAACGAUUAGAGGCACAUCACGAGUUAAUGGAACAAAUCAUGUUCACCAGGCGGAGAUUAAGCACCGACAAUAAGACAACCGCAGUAGCAUCUUCUUCCGCAACAACCGUAGACACAGCUCCGACAUCUAGCCCACCUCCUUGUUGACAUGUGUAAUGGAAAAUUAAUAUAUCCUUUCGCUCAAUGCGCCAUUCGCCAAGAUUGGAUAAUUCCCAUAUAAUUUUUCAUUUCAUUUGAACUAGUAGUAAGUGAGACGUGUAAAGAAAAGGAGGGUAAAGUAAUAUUUUAUGUGACAUUAUUAUGUGACAUAUUACAUUUCCUACGUAACACGAUACUUCUGCAUUACAUGUUUUACGUUACUCGUUUCAGACAAGUAUUCUUUGAUGGUAUUAAAAAAGCUUAAAAAUCGUUCAAUGCCAAUGUCCACUACUAUCUUCCAAGAGAACAAAAUGUCAAAGAUAUGGAGAAAGAUUCAAUGGGACAAGAGUAUAUUUCUUUAUAAAAUGUCAUAUAGACAGCAUUAAUUGUCAAUUUGUACAAGAAAUUGUAUGAAGUUAUGUUCAGUUUUUUCUUGCUGAUCUAUGACUAAUAUGAACUGAAACUAAAUUGCAAGAAAGUAAUACUUUAAACGUAAAAUGUUCUGGGCAAGCGCAAUAAUGUUGAGAUAAUCGAAAAAUGCACACACACAUAUACACGCAGACACAUAUAUAUGUCUGUAUAUACACAUGUAUAUGCAUAUAUAUUCAUAUUAUAAAGAUGUAUAAGAUAUCUGGCAGUAUCCGAAGUAUAUUUGUGUGAUUUCAAAAUUUGAGAACUUUGUACAAUAGAAAGUAUCUCUGCAAAGAUCUACUCGACCUCUUAUAAGCACGAAAAAAAAAACAAAUAUAUAUAUAUAUAUAUAUAUAUAUAUAUAUAUAUAUAUAUAUAUUAAUAAUUUGCUUUUAUACUUUUUAGUUAUUAAAGAUAUUUAACUUUUAAGAUACAAGAAUAUAAUACUUUGAAUCUUCGCACAUGAUGAUAACAAAAUUAUAUGUGAAAUCGGAAGCUACAAAGUAAUAAGAAAAUACAAAUCAUAAAUUUUGAUACAUUAAAUUUGAUACAUUAAAAGGGUAUUAUUUUAGAUCUGCAUUAUAUAAAAAUGAUAAAUGUGCAAUUUAUAUGGUCAAAUCAGCACGAUCAAAUCAGAUUUUGAUUAUGUUAAAAUAAUAUAUAAUGACAGAUUGUAGUUAUAAAAUGGAGGUAGUUAUAAAAUGGUUCUUACUGAAUUUAUUUGCAAAAUUUAAAUUUUAUAUUUGUUAUUUUCGAGAUAUUGUAUGUUUGUUCCAGUUGGAUAACAUUAUAAUUUUACUCUGCUACUUUGGAUACUCGAUACCCCAUACAUCUCUUAGUCAUAUAUACAUAUUAUUUUACGAAUCUUACAAUAUUUUUUCUUUAAAAAUGUUUUAUAAGAUUCUUUAACUAUCUUUAGUGAAAUACUGUUGUAUCUUCAAUGUAUCAAUUCUACUGAUGUACAAAGAUAUAUAUUAUACUCCUGGAAAACAAUCUUUAUGCGAUACUAUGGGAGCUU